UCUGUGUCUUUCUGAUUCCUGUUGCUCUUCAGUAGCCAGUAGAAAACAAUCUCUCUCUCUCUCUCUCUCUCUCUCUCUCUAUAAAUAUAUACACGCAGAGGAGAGGAGGCAGUACAUAUACAUAUAAUAUAACUAACUAGCCUCUCCCUUUGAAAUUCCGGACGCCUUACUUGCAGAUGCUCUCCGGAAACCCUAAGUCCUCCAAUCUUUCUCAAUCAGCGAUCCACCAGACUUCCACUCACCGCCAUGGCUAACAACCCUUCCGACGGCUCAACCGACGAUUUUCUCGAACAAAUCCUCGGAUUUCCAUCUUACCCGACAACGGAGAAUAAUUUGGCGGCAAAUGAUCCCAGUUUGGCCGGAGCUUCUGCUCCGAUGAUGCUCCAGCUCAGCUCCGGCGACGCCUCCCAUCAUCUAGUCGGCGGCGGAGGAGGAGGAGGUGGUGGUGGUGGAUUUCAUGGAGGAGGGGUGUUCCCUCUAGGGUUGAGCUUGGACCAGGGUAAGCCAGGGUUUAUGAAGAUGGACAAGGCGAAUAAUCGGUUUCGCGAGGAUGUUGUUGAUGGAAGAGUGUCUUCUUCCUCCGUGAAAAACGCUUUCCCUGGCCAGACGAUGCCUAACACGGUUGCCGCAGUGCCACAUCCACCUUCAAUUCGUCCUAGGGUGAGGGCAAGACGAGGACAGGCUACAGAUCCACACAGCAUUGCUGAGAGGUUGCGCAGAGAAAGAAUAGCAGAAAGGAUUAGGGCGUUGCAAGAUUUGGUUCCUAGUGUCAACAAGACAGAUAGAGCUGCCAUGCUUGAUGAAAUUGUGGACUAUGUGAAGUUCUUACGGCUCCAAGUGAAGGUAUUGAGCAUGAGUAGAGUGGGUGCAGCUGGUGCUGUGGCACCUCUUGUGACGGACAUUCCAAUAUCGUCUGUGGAGGAAGAAACAAGUGAAGGUGGAAGAAACCAACUGGCGUGGGAGAAGUGGUCAAACGAUGGCACAGAACGACAGGUAGCUAAGCUCAUGGAAGAAAAUGUCGGGUCUGCCAUGCAGUUCCUUCAAUCGAAGGCACUCUGCAUCAUGCCAAUCUCACUGGCCUCGGCAAUCUACCACACACAACCACCGGAGGCCACCACAGUCGUCAAACCUGAAACACAUCCCCCCUCAUGAUACAACAGAAAUGGCACCACAUACCACACAUGUCCUCCUUCAAAACUGCCCUUGGUCCCCCACCCUAACAACACCUAGUUGAACCCACAGGAAAUCAGAGCUAGUCCCCACCCUCUUUCAAAAUGCAAUCAACGUCAGAUCCACGGUUGCCACCUUUUUGCCUUUACCUUCCAACUUUUGUCAAAAGAAGUUUUGAUGUCAUGCUUAGAA